AUGUCGCAUAGCAAACGUAACACGUCGCGGGCGGUUUUCACCUCCCAUGAGCGCGAACAAGCCAAAAAGGCAUGGGGCGCAUCGUCGGCACGUCUAAGUCGCGACUCGAUGCUGCCCUUCUCUGCCUGCCGGCUUUGCCUCGAGACCGCCGAGGAACCUGUCGCCUGCGUACACGGGGAUGUCUUUUGCAGAGAGUGCGCUCUGUCAAAUAUUCUCGCCCAGAAGAAGGAGAUCAAGAGACUGGACAAGGUCCGGGAGCAGGAAGCCAGAGAGAAGGAAGAAGCAGAACAGAGGAGGGACGCCGAGGCCAGGGAAAGAGAAGUCAGCGACUUUGAAAGGACUUUGAGCGGCGUCGGCUCUUCUGUCGCUCACAGCCACGGAACAGCCGCCGUCUCGAGCAAAUCCCCAGACGACACACCUCCUAAAAAUGGCGCCGCACGUCCUGGCAAGAGGAAAUUCGAGAUGAACGAUGAAGAGUUGCAGCGUAUAGCAGCACAGCAGAGAGCAAAAGCGCGGCAGGCCCUCGACCACGAGAAGGCAGCUAUGCCAAAGCUGCCGUCGUUUUGGACCCCCUCGAUUACCCCAUCAUCCAACACAACCACUGCGCUGCAUGAUGUAGUCAAGAAGGCAAAGACUGCUCCUACCUGCCCAGCCUCGCAAGAAGGCCAACCGCAUGCCUAUUCCUUGGCCACUCUGGUCACAGUUCACUUCACCGAGGAGAUAGACGAGAAGACGAAGAAGAAGCAGCGGCUCUGUCCAUCUUGCAAGAAGGUCCUGAGCAACGCCUCAAAGGCCAUGCUCGCCAAACCGUGCGGUCAUGUCAUGUGUCUCAACUGCGUUGACAAGUUCAUGCGGCCAUCCAAACAUGGCGACCCCCACGCCGACGAUGUCGACUUCACUGGCAUGAGAUGUUAUGUUUGCGAAGCCAAUCUUAUCGACAGUUCGGCUCAAGAAAAAUCCAAAAAGAAGGACAAGGAAAGGAUUCGACCCGGUCUCGUGGAGCUGCGCAGCGAGGGAACAGGCUUCUCCGCUGGUGGUUCGAACCAAGUCCAAAAAGUCGGAGUCGCAUUCCAAUGCUAA